UACUAUAGUACAAGUAUAGUUAAAGGAAUAAUUGAAGAAAGGAGUAUCUGCUAUUGCCGAAAAUCCAUUAAAUCGAGACGAAACGAAAUGGUUUUGGAAAUGAGGAGUUGCAGAUACGAAAAUUCAUCAUCUUCCAGCAUGUAUGGUUUGUAUUCGAGUCCUCCACCUGCUCCGGUUCCUCCUAGUCUGGGCGAACGACCGCCUUGGCCCGUUGUGCCUUUUCCCCCCUCUGGAAGUUCUCCCGUUCCAGACGCCUCUACGGACUACAAAAUUCCCCUUCGUCUGAAAGUACCGAUUUCCUGCGACGACAAAAAUGUCACGGACUGCAAAAUGCGAGCGGUUCCUUCGCCCGUCACCUCCACUUCUUCGGACGGACGUUCGAGUGCGGGAGACGACAACGAAGAACACGUUCCUCACGUCUUGGCUCCACCAUUCCAAGGCCACGCUCAACGCAGAUGUCUUCUGUGGGCCUGCAAAGCCUGCAAACGGAAGACGGUGACGGUGGACAGGAGAAAGGCCGCCACGUUGAGAGAACGAAGAAGACUGAGAAAAGUGAACGAAGCCUUCGAAACGUUAAAACGAAGGACUUGCUCUAAUCCCAACCAAAGACUACCCAAAGUCGAAAUUUUACGAAACGCCAUAGACUAUAUCGAAAGUCUGGAAGAGCUUCUACACGGUUCGCAGACUCUACCCAGAACGGACAGAAGACAAUUCAGGGAUCCCGAUUCCGGAAGCGGUGGAAGUGAUUACACGGCCGCCAACAGUCCGCCGUAUUUAGCGGAUCGCCUUCAUCACUACGAUUCUCAUAACAAUUACGCACCGAUCAACGGAAUGGAAUCUCAAGCUAACUCCAUCUCCAGUUUGGACUGCCUGUCGCUGAUUGUAGAGAGCAUCACACCUCACACCGCCAACAUCAUGAGUUCCGUCACGUCGGAACGACAAUUCUGAGAAAUCGACCGGGAGUGCCGGCCAUCGAUGCGAUUACAUAGAUACAGACGUUGUUUAGUUUCUCCGCUCUUCAAACAAUGGCAAUGUGGCCGCCGUCGCUCCCGUCCCGACGAAACGUCAAAGUAUUUUUAGAAGAAUCACUCGGACGUUACCUGGAACUCCCAACGAAGUGGCGCCACCGAAUUACGGACGAAGAACGGAUCGGUCGACGUCACAGAAGGAGAGUUUCUCUUAGAGGACUGAGAUGUUUCGAUUUAAUCGGUUUUUAAGAGUUAUUUGUUGUAUAGAAAGAUUCGAUGUAAGGAACUUCGCGUAACCGAAAGUGCCUUUAAUAAAACGGACGACGAGCCCUUCGCUCCGCAUUUUCUACUCCCACCUUUACCCGUGGCCCCUUAUUUCCAGUUUCGAAGAAGUCUUUAAUAAAGGUUGUAGAGUUUUUCAUCGCGUCGCGUCGGAAGGUACCGAGGUCGAAACAGUUAAUCACUCGGCGCGCUCGUCCCUUCCUCGUAACUCUAACCUCCGAUCGGAAAACGCUUUCGUCACCGCGUCCAUCAAUCGACGCCGUCUCGUCACCUCCUUUAUUCCUUUCCCGGGUCAUUCGUCGAUAAUUCCGAUCGAAGGGAGGAGCCGCUCUCCGGGUCGGACCUUAUUUUUAAAGAAUAGUCGAGUCUUCCCCCAGCGUUUCCGACGGACGAAGACGUCGAAAGACAUAAAUCGCCGCGGUCCGGAUCUGGAACUCGGCGUCCUCCAAGAUUUACGGCGGCGCGAACUACGACCGCCACCCCACCGGAGCGUUACGACCGGGGAGACUCUCGACAUCUGUUUCCCCAUUCCCUUCCACGCCCCGAGACACCAACCGCACUAAUUCACCCCCACCCUUCGACGUAACGCGGACUUAAGUUUGCUUCUUCUUCUAUUCUCCCUGGGAUUAAUACCAGAAUUGAAAAAAGAAGAGAAUCUGACAAUAUAGGAGACAUUCGAAUAGCCGAGAAAAGAAUUUUGCGCGAAAUAUGGCCGAGAAACGCGGACGAAAGUGGGUUGGGGCAGAAGAGGAGUUAUUGAAAGCGGAUGAGCCGACAUAAGUCGUCUCCUUGGACGCGACUCUCGUCAGCCGGAAAAUUAGUCGGUCGCGACCUCCCCACAUUUCAGACAGACACCCGAGUAGCCACCGACACCGUAAAAUACGAGCGCAGAGGUCUAAAGCUUACGUCGACGUCGUUACGGACGUCGUCGCGUUUCUCCAUUCCACCUUCUUCCU